AGUAUAGCAGGCGAUUAGCGCGGCUCACACGCAGCCGAGGAAAACGGACGUUCGAACGUUCGCCGCGUCUUCUCGACGACACUGUCAAUCGCUGAGGGAUAUAUUAACGCUAGCUCAGUUCAGUAAAUCUUAGACGAGCAACCGGUAACAGCUAUCGCGACAAAGUCCGUGUGUGUGUCUACCGCGUCUCUCAAAAUGGCGCGGCGGCUGCCGCUGCCGCUGUUCUGCAACUUUAAGGUUAUAACGAUAAGCUUGCAAUUGAAUUGAAGUCGCUUGCAAAAGCAUUUUGCAGAAGCUUUGAUCUUCAUCGUCAAGCCGGUGAUUGUAAGAAGGUGCUGGUGCUUGUUGUAAGCAACGGUCAAGUGGACACAGUGCAUGCAAGUUAUGAGGACGGCGGAAUGCCCGCAGGCGGUAACAGUCGUUUCCGCGGUUACCCAGCGCGGAUGUCCGAGCGCCAGCAGCUUGCGCUUAUUCUGCAAAUGACUUCCCAAGAAAUUACAUCAGGUCAAUCAUCAAGCAGAUCUGAAAGUACACUUCCAUCAAACAAUACAAGAUCUUCACCACUGCACCAGAAAAGUUCAAAGAGCCGAUGGUCCAACAAAAAUGCCGAUCUAUUAGAUGUAAGCAACUCAUAUAGCCGACAAGAUGACAGGUUACGUCUAAAUGGUUGUAAUUCAAAAGAACGAAAUGAGUUCGCGGGUUCGAGUUCGCCGGACGAACUGCAGGUGAGGACUGCGAGCCCCGUGGCCGCGGAGUCGCCUGCCGAGUGUGCUGCCGAGGAGUUACCCUCCGAUGAGAUGCGCAGGACACCGCCACAAAACAAAGUGGACAGACAAGGCUCGUCCUCACCGCGCGUCACACUCAGGCUUAACCAAGUGCGUGCCGGACGCGAUGACUCGAAAAAGCAGCAGCAGUCAGUGAAUGCAACACCACGCUCGUCCUCGUCAACGAUGGAGUCGUCGAGCCCGAAUGCUGCAUCGAGCACGCUAGCUGCGGAAGGUGCCGAGAGUAGUGGGGACGUUUACGAGUUUAAGAGCUCCAAGGAAGCCACGCCGGUUCGCGGUACCAGCACUUCGCCGAAUCCCGACAAAGAGAACAAGGACAAGGAUAGAGAGAACAGAGAAUCCAAUGCUGGCGCUGGAAACACUGCUACAGGAUCAACAGCUGGAGUGGGUACAACCUCAUCAUCGACCGCAACCUCAACAACAAUCACGUCUUCCAGCCCAAAUAAUCCACAAAAUCCAAGCGGUACAAUUCCAGCGGAUUCGUUGUCAGCAUCAGUUGCAACGGCAAUGUUGGAUGAACCAAUGACAGCAGCAUCACCGCAGUCAUCGAGUUCAUCGACUACUUCGACGACGAAACGUGCCUUCGAAAGUGAAGGUGGCCCUGGUGACGAGCAGGACGAGGAAGGCCGAAAAAGAAAGAAAAAGGAUGCAACGGACAGCAACCCAAAAGAGGUCGGCAGCUCUAAAGGACAGGCUAGUAAUAGGCAGACCGCGGGCAGGAAUAACCCCGGUGUCACUGAGAAAAGUGCCAAAUCCAGCAAGCAAACUUCUGCAGUAAUCACAUCCAAGUCUGGUCAGAGUAGUAGUGAAAAGAGCCCAAGUGCAUUGAACGCUAACAGUCCGAAACCUUCGACCACAUCCACUGCUUCGAGUAACAACACCAAAGGAGCGACACCGUCAGCUGUAGAAUCAGACGGUGAAGACGAUCGUUCUAAAAGUUCUGACAGUGGUUCAGCACCAAAAGUUCCACCCUUGAAAAUCGUCAUCCCGCAGAGCACGACGUCGGAGCAAGAGCAAGGCAAUCGUAAUGGAAAAAGCACAUCGAAUAGGAGUCACCAAUUGCCUUACGUCGUUGCUAGUUCUAACAGCAACGAUUCUAUGGACAAAGACCCGGGUACAACUGGAGCUACGAGCGGUACGACUAGUCCAUUGGACAACUCAAGUGCGGCGAAUAAAGGAGACGAGAAAAAGGACUUCAGCGGAGCUUUAGACAACGAUUCGCGUUCAACGCACCAUCAAAGAGUUUUGAGAAGUUCAAAUCGAUCGGGAAACGGUGGGCAGUCUAGUAAUGGAGCUUACUCCAAUUCUUCUCCUCUGCCUUCGAACGCUGCGGACAGAUCCAACAACUCGUCACCACAGCAACGGCAUCACUCGCCUACUCCAGAAGCUGGCGGAGCGUCCGAAACUGGAAAAUCGGUGUCAACUGAUUCGCCAGGACAAGGCUCCACAACUACAAUGACGACAAAGUCAAGUAGUACAACAGAAAAAUGCGAAAAAGUAGAAGUGAGGAAAGAGCCCGAACCAUCUGAAAGUAGCACAAAGAAAGAUGCUAGCAGUAGUGAAACGUCAAACGCGUCGUCUCAAGCACCAGUAGAAUUGCAUCCGAGAAAAAGGAAGAUCAAAUCAAAUAAAGAAGCUCAACAAACAACUACUGCAGAGGCGAAGAGUGAUACGCAAGAGACUGCCAGCACUAGCUCUGAGAUUCAUCCGCAUGAUCAGCCGAUCACAAACUGCUAUCAGUUAUUCUUGAACAUUAGAAAACAGAUUGACAAAAGAAGAAAAAAUCUAUUUCCCGUGCAGCCAAAGCCCCCGCAAGGUUUUAAAGACUACCUAAUGAAUCGUUGCACAUACGUGCUAGCCGGCACGAAUAAAGAACCGCUGGUCUGUCCACCGAAAGAACUUCUUGGAGUCAUGAGAGAGCUCUAUAUCGAACAAGAGAAAGAACGUUACAGAUUACGAAUGCAGCACGUUGUCGAGAAAGAAAAACUAGUCUUAUCUGUGGAACAGGAGAUACUCAGAGUACAUGGCCGAGCAGCUCGAGCUCUCGCCAAUCAGUCGCUUCCAUUCUCUGUAUGUACCAUUCUCAAGGACGAUGAAGUUUACAAUGUUAUUACACCCGAGCAAGAGGAGAAAGACAGAAAUGCUAGAAGUCGCUACAACGGCAGGUUGUUCCUUAGUUGGCUACAGGACGUUGAUGACAAGUGGGAAAAAAUUAAGGAAGGAAUGUUGUUAAGGCACCAUAACGAAGCAGAAUCUCUGCACGCCGUACAGUUAAUGGACUGGGAAUGGAAACUAAAAGAAAUCGAGUUCUGUGCGAUAGAAGAUACACCUCAGGCAGAUGAUUACCACGUACCCAUGGUACACGUCUCCGAUGACUUUGAUCUAUUGCCGGCUUAAUGUACUUGGACUGAAUUUUUA